CAGUCGUACUAGUUCUAACCAGGCUCUUACAAGCUCAGUCUACAUCUUUGAUUCAAACGGAAAGCAUCCACAGCCUAACAAAACCACAAAACAAAUAAAAAAAUUAAAAAAAAAACUAAAAAAAUAUAACUUGAGUGCUUCUUUCAAGCACACUCUGUUCGACAACAAAGAAAGCACCAAUGAAGACCAUGUCGAACGUGAUUAAGAAGGUGAUUCCGAUGCUGGACCGCAUCCUAAUCAAGCGCUUCGAGGUGAAGACCACCACUGCCGGCGGCAUCCUGCUGCCAGAGGAGUCAGUGCCCAAGGAGAUGCAGGGCGUUGUGGUGGCCGUCGGCCCGGGUGCUCGCAACCCGGCCGGUGCUGGUCACCUGGCCAUAGGCGUCAAGGAGGGUGACCGUGUGCUGCUCCCGAAAUACGGCGGCACCAAAGUGGACAUGGACGACAAAAGCGAGUAUUUGCUGUUCCGCGAGGGCGAUAUCCUGGCCAAGCUGGAAUAAGGAUGCACCUAGUAGAUGAGAAUUUCACCGCAUACACUUGACACACUGGAAGCAGGACCACCACACCCACACAUGUCUUGUUUCCCUCUGGCUUGCUGCAUUCUGGAGCCGCAGUAGACCCAUAAUAUUUGCUCCAAUUGCGUUCGAAACUAAAUGAUUAUACUUAAACCUCACGUAACAAAUGAAAUGUUUGUUUGGUAGCUAAUUGACACACUACCAAGCCGCGCACUCAUGCACACAACAAGAAUGUAUCGUAGGAACACUCAAGAGGCAAGAAUCUCACCUCAAUGACAAAUCAGCCACGCGACGGCAAAAAUCACACUAAAUUCAGAUUUAUUGUAAGGACAGCCAAUAUUAAAUGAAUAUUUUAAAAAUUAA